AUAACUGCUAAUUUUAUUACAACUUAUCCUAUAAAUAAACAUCUCAUUUCCGUACAGUAGCCCGUAUUUAACAAUUUAAUUCAACCAAGCUAAAAAAAAUAUCAAGAACACUGUACACGACUGUUAAUAAACUUCAAAGUUAAAUAGAGCAUUGUAUCAGAGAAUUCAAUCGGAUGGUAGUAAUGCCUAUCUAGAUUAUGUGUUUAAAAGUUCAGAUUUGACUGUAACGGUCUGAGAUGUUGGCAGUGUUCGGAUGUUUGUGUGCCGCGGCUGUUGUGCCAUUUUGUGCUGCCCGGCCUAAACUGUAUGAAGUGGACACUUACAUUGUCAAACUAUUGCUUGAGCCAACUUCACGAGAAGGUGAUGAUUUGCUGGCAUCAGUGAGUCUCUACAACAAGAUCCUACAGGAAAUCACAGAAAAGUAUGUCCACAAUGAUGAAACAGUGUUCAAGAUUGCCACCAUCGUAUACAAUCGCAACGGUCCGCGAUUCCUCACCAAACGCUACAGUGAUGCCCUUCUCCGUGAGACUUUCAAGUGGACUGUGGAUGACUUUCAGAAGCUACGUCAACUUAUUCAAGAAACUAAAGAUAUAUACAACAAUUUCAGAGAGUCUUAUGAGACUAUUAAUAACAUUCAAAGACCGAGAACUCUAUAGUAAAGUGGUAUUUCUUGGAAGUUGUUGAUGGUUACUUAUGAAUUUACCUAAUGACUUGAAAUAUUUCACCAAAAUACUUUUUGAAUAUUUAUUUUAAAUGAUCAUAGUGUCAUACAAAGAAAGAAAUUAACGUUUUUAAAAAUUAUUAAUUGAUAAAUUUAAUAUCCAUUGGCAAGUAUUGUUUAAUAUAUUCAAAGCUUCAUGGGCGGAUUUAGGGAACAGCUGUUGGAGUCCAAGCUAAAUUGGAGAAGGGAUCUCAAGUUAUAAAAUUAUUGACUAUUUCCUAUUUAAAAUGCGUUCAAAAGUCAGUCAAAUGAUAUUAUAUGAAUUUUUAAUGUAAAAUAUACACACUUCUGUUUUAA